AUGGAGUUCUAUCAGGAGCUCCUCUUCACUGCGAUCCUCUCUGUCCUCCUCGUCUCUCUCCUCGGACCGUCGACUGAGAUCGCCGACGAGAAACGAGGUAACGAUUCUCUCCGAUCCGAUCCUAUUUCAUCAGCAGAAGCUAGGUCAGAUCAUGAUAAGAAAUGCGAAGAAGGGAUUGGAAUCGAGAAGUUUGAUGGCGAUCUUGUUGAUCAAGACGAGAUAGCUGAAGUUAGGGUUCGAGAAGAGUAUAUAAUGAUUUCAAGGGGUCUUGAAGCAGCAAGAUCAACUAUGUCUGAGCCUGAAACUGAGAAUGAGGCAGCAGGAACUGGAAGUGGAGAGACUGUUGUUGAAGCGAUGAAGCGAGAAAUUGGAGAUGCUUCUGUUGGAGAUAUGCGUGAGAGUAAAGGAAGUGAGCCUGUCGAGGCUGAAGAGCUUCAACUCGCUCUGGAGAAAGAAGUUGAUGCACAUGGGAUCGAGACUGAGGCAAAAGCGGAAGAAGCUGGUUCGAUUACUAUCGAAGAAAAUGUUGGAGAUGAUGUCGAAAGAGCCGGUGCGUUCUUGGGUAAAGCAAUUGAAGGUGCAGAUCUAAAUAGGAUCGGGGCCGAAUUGGAAGCCGAAGACUCCGUCACAUUUGUUAAAGAAAAUGAAGGGGACGGUGUUACUGGAUUGAGAGAAGAAUAUGUACCGAAAGAAGGGUCUGAAACUCUCUAUGAUGUGAAGGAGAAAUCGCUGCUUAGUGAAGAAGAUGAAUGGGAGGGAAUCGAACGGACUGAACUGGAUAAACAUUUUACUGUGGCUGCAGCUUAUGUUGAUGGCAAAGGUGGUGAAUUUGCUUUGUCCAGCCUCAAUGAUGAUGAGCAAAUGAAAUUAUAUGGGCUUCACAAGAUCGUGACUGAGGGUCCUUGCUAUGAUCCUCAGCCAAUGCCUUUGAAGGUUGCUGCUAGGGCUAAAUGGCAUGCUUGGCAAACAUUGGGAAACAUGAAUCCAGAUGCGGCUAUGGAACAAUACAUGAGUCUUCUUUCUGAGAAAAUUCCUGGAUGGAUGGGGGAAAACCCCAAGGGAGGUGUUGUAAAACAAGAAAACGAAGUCACAGAACCAUCUGGAGCUUGUAUGCCUAAUUUAUGCUCGAACUCAUGCAGUCAACCGAACACUCAAACUGAAAGGAAGGAGGAAAGCCCAUCUUUCUUUGAUGAGGAAGUUAAACAUGCUACCACAGAGCACACUGACCAAGGUUUUACCAGGGCUCAGUAAAUCCAAAAUUCUUCUAGGCUUGUUCUCUCCAAACAAUGCACACUUGCUUUGGUUGAGCGAGCCUUGCUGGCGUUUUGAAUAUCUAAUGAUUAAAACUUCCGGGGCCUUUUCGUUUUAUCUGUGGUGUAUAAAAUUGAUAGCAAGUAUGUAAAUAGCAUUCUUGUGUGAAUUGUUGUACAAGGAAGCCUCAAGAUGCUGAAAAUUUUAAUG